AUGAAGUUUGACAAUAUCCUCGCCGAGGUGAAUGGUUUUGGUGGAUUUCAGAUCAGGACUAUGCUCUUGCUUGUCAUUGCUCGAAUUACUUUACCUUUUCACUUCAUUUUAAAUAAUUUCAUUGCGGCUAUCCCAGGACACCACUGUAAUGUCACUGCUUUGGAGGUUAGUGAUGCUUUCUCAAAUUUAUCUUUGGCUCAGAAAAUCAAGAUUGCAAUUCCUGUCCGUGAAGAUGGAGAACCAAACUCAUGUGAAAUGUUUCCAGAGGCACAAUAUUCUUUUUUGUUUAACUCUACAAAUGUAAGUAGUUCAGUCACGGUGCCAUGUCAGAAUGGAUGGGUUUAUGACAAGACCACCUUCGAGUCUACCCUGGCCACUGAGUGGGAUCUUGUUUGUGACAACAUCAGACUUAACAAAGCCAUUGUUACAAUCUUCUUCACUGGAGUGAUGCUUGGGUCAGCGAUGUUUGGCUAUCUCAGUGACAGAUUUGGCAGGAAGAAAACACUUCUAUUGUCUUACAUUGUUGCCGCCACAUUUGGAUUUGCAAGUGCAUACACCAACAAUUUUGCUACAUUUUCCAUAAUGAGAUUCUUCACUGGAUGUGGGCUGGCAGGCAUCAGCAUCAUCACUGUGGUACUUUGUAUUGAAUGGGUGGACAUCAAACAUCGAACAUUAGUGUCUGUGAUUCUGAGCUUGGACUGGAGUCUUGGGAUGAUUUUGUUACCUAUUAUUGCAUACUUUGUGAAUGACUGGAGGAAUCUUAUCGCUGCGACAACAAGCCCACUGCUUAUGGCAAUAAUUUGUUUGUGGUGGGUCCCUGAAUCUGCCCGAUGGCUCAUCAGCAAUGGGAAGGUGAAGAGGGCUCACUACUAUCUGAGCCGGUGCGCUAAAGUGAACCACAGAGACAAGUUUAUGUCUGAGCUAAAUCCAGAGGCUCUGAGCAAAGUAAUUAUCGUUGAAGAUGAAAAUAGAAAGUACUCCUAUGUGGACCUUGUUAAGACCCCCACACUGAGAAGAAUAGCACUGUUCACUGGAAUUGUGUGGUUUGGACUGGCUUGUAGUUAUUAUGGGAUCAGUCUGAACAUAGAAGGUUUUGGUGUAAACCUUCAUCUGACACAGUUCAUCUACAGUGCUAUAGAAGUUCCAUCUAAACUGCUGGUCUUUUUCACUGUGAACAGAGUCGGCCGAAGGUUCUGUCAAUCAGGAACACUCACUAUGACAGGACUGUGCAUAUUCAUCAACAUGUUUAUACCCAAAGAGAAAGGCCUGGUUCGCACUGCAUUGGGGGCACUGGGAAAGAUGUUCUCAGAAGGAGCUUUCACAUGUGUGUAUUUGUUCACAACAGAACUCUACCCCACUGUUGUCAGGCAGAAUGGACUGGGUUACUCUUCAUUUAUGGCCCGUAUUGGCGUGUCUGUGUCACCCAUGAUCCUGCUCCUGGAGGAGUUCUGGGUACAUUUGCCCAGCACCGUGUUCUGUGUGUUGGCUUUUGCUGCAGGACUUGUAGCUGUUCUUCUCCCAGAGACCAGAAAUGUGCGCCUACCAGAAACUAUUGAAGAUGUAGAACAAACCAGGAAACGGUCAAUCUGCACUUUGGAUGGCAAUUUCUCUUCUGUUCUGAUCAUUAUAAUAAGUUUCAUUGGUCGCUUCACUAUGCCCUGCCACUUUAUGCUCAAUAACUUCAUCGGGGCAGUUCCCGCUCACCACUGCGACUACAGCUAUUUGGACCAAAAUGAAAGAUUUAGGAAUUUAACUCCAGUGCAGAAAUUAGCUUGGGACCUGGUGUGUGAUAAAAAAGGGAAGAACAAGGCAACAGCUACAAUCUUCUUUAUCGGAGUUAUGUUUGGGGCAAUGACCUUUGGCCUUUUAAGCGACAGACUGGGUCGGAGGAUCCCUCUGCUCUUGUCGUAUGUGUCUGGGAUGCUGUUCGCUGUGGCCACUGCCUUUUCCACAACCUACGUCAUGUUUGCAGUGCUGCGCUUCUUCACUGGAUUUUGCAUCACUGGCAUUGUCAUUGUUUCAGCUGUCCUGAGUGUGGAGUGGGUUGAUAUUGAACACAGGAAAUUGGUGGGAGUGAUCGACAGCCUGUCCUGGACAUUUGGGAACACAGUCUUUCCGCUCAUUGCAUACUUUGUGACUGACUGGAGAUGGCUGAUGAUAAGUGUGACAUCACCUGUGCUCUUAGCUAUUCUCACCUGGAGAUGGAUGCCUGAAUCUGCCAGAUGGCUCAUAGCUAAUGGGAAACUAACGAGUGCACAGAAAUACUUGAAACAAUGUGCCAAAAUGAACAACCGAAACGAAUCAAUCCACAUGGUAAAGCCAGAGGCACUGCGGUGUAUAGUCGUGACUGAAAGAAGAGACCGCACCUACUCCUACCUGGAUCUCAUACGAAUCCCAAAGCUGAGGAACCUGGCCUGUCGCACUGGUCUAUUAUGGUUUUGUGUCGCAAUUGCAUUUUACGGCAUCAGUUUUAACAUCACCGGGUUUGGCCUCAACAUGUAUCUAACUCAGUUUACCUAUGCGCUCAUUGAGUUACCAGCCAAACUCUCUGCAUACUUUUUAUGGGACAGGAUUGGGAGACGUCCGGUUCAAGUGGGUGCACAGUUUUUGGCUGCACUUUGUCUUGCUGUCAACAUUUUUAUCCCAAGAGACAUGGCUGUCAUUAGAACUGUGGUGGCAGUUAUAGGAAAGGGAUUUUCCUCUGCUGCUUUUGGCACACUUGUGUUGUACAGCUCUGAGCUUUAUCCCACUGUGUUAAGGCAGAAUGGCAUGGGUUACAACUCCUUCAUGGCCCGGUUAGGCGUGGCGUUGGCCCCCCUUGUCUUGUUACUGGAGGAUGUGUGGAAGGAGCUGCCUCAGGUCAUCCUGUGCUGUGCGGCUCUACUGGGAGGGCUGGUGGCAAGAUCACUUUCAGAGACACGCAACAGGUGCCUCCCAGAGACCAUAGAAGAUAUUGAAAAGUACUGGUAGUAA